AAACGAAACCGCAGCUGACGUAGGCGCUGAGUGGAGGCGCAGCUCACACUCCUCUUAUCUGCGAGCGUCUGUCUGUAGAGCUUCAGUUCAGUGCGAGCUAUGGACAAUCAGUGAGCACGUGCCCUGCUGUUAUCACACUGACCGAGAGGAUUCAAUCAAGGAUGGAGUACAAGAAUGAAAAUGCUGGUAUAGAACUGCUUCUUGCUCACAUGAACAUUGAAGACUUCAUCCAAGAGGCAGAGAAUUUAUACUGUGUUGGCGAGGAGGUGGAAUCAGGAGUUUCAUUUGAGGAAAGUUUCUCGCAAGAAGAUAUGGAUGAGAUUGAGGAGACGCCACAGGAUUUAAUCUCGCAUGUGCAAAAUCCCGGAAAGGUCCGUUACGGGACAGCAUCCGACCUCCUGGACUUUGUAAAUAUGGUUUCAAACACACCGUCCUCCUCUCUCUUAGAGUUGGGAAAAGAAAUGGGGGUUCUGAUAAACAAGACAGACAUGGUCAUAAAGGAGGGGCAUUAUCGCAUUGAUUUGGACUUCCUUCUGUUUCCGUGGAAACUAACAUACAAGCCCCCAGGCCCUGGACAUGUUCCUAAAGGCUCAUUUGGGAAGGUCCAUCUGGCUCAGGACACCAAAACUCGGAAGCGAAUGGCAUGCAAACUAAUUCCUGUGGAACAUUUCAAGCCUGCAGAGGUGGAAAUCCAAGCCCGGUUCCGGCACGAGAACAUAGCAGAGCUGUAUGGGGCAUUGCUGUGGGAGCAGACGGUGCAUUUGUUCAUGGAAGCGGGUGAAGGGGGCUCGGUUCUGGAGAAGCUGGAUAGCUGUGGUCCAAUGAGAGAGUUUGAGAUCAUUUGGGUCUCUCAGCAGGUUCUGCGAGGCCUGGAGUACUUGCACUCUCACAAGAUUAUACACCACGACAUCAAACCCAGUAAUAUUGUGCUGAUGUCUGCUAAAGCCGUGCUGGUGGAUUUUGGGCUUACAGUACAGAUGAAAGAUGAUGUAUAUAUUCCUCGUGACUUACGUGGAACAGAGAUGUAUAUGAGUCCAGAGCUAGUUUUAUGUCGAGGACACAACACAAAGACUGACAUCUACAGUCUGGGAACCACAAUCAUACACAUGCUGAGUGGAAGCCCUCCAUGGGUUAGGAGAUAUCCCAGAAGAGCCUAUCCCUCAUACCUUUACAUAAUCCACAAACAGGCCCCUCCUCUGGAGGACAUACCUGAAAGCUGUAGCCCCGCGAUGCGGAGACUCCUGGAGCACGCGCUCGAUAGGGUCCCCGCGCAGAGGAGCUCUGCCACAGAAUUACUGAACGAGGAGGCCCUCCAUCCUUCUCGGGAGGACCAGCCACGCUGUUGGAGUCUGGACUCGGCGCUGGAGGAAGGCACACAUCCAAUGCUGCGACAGAUCAGUCAGUUUUCAGACAGCACCCAAGAUUCUUCAUUGUACACUGAGGAUUCUGGACACUCGAAAAAGAAAGGUUCCCUCCAUAUAGAUCUGGGUGCCUUGGCUGGCUACUACAAUCUGGUUAGAGGGCCACCAUCUAGUGAAUAUGGCUAGUUCAGGUAGAUUUUUGCUGAGCACCAUUGGAUUACUUGUAUAGUUUGCAUUCAUAUAUUUGCUGUCAGAAUUAUGGAGCCAAACUCAUCCAGAAGAUGAUUCAGCAUAUAUGGUCCUAAAUGAGGACAGUCUACACUGAUUGGACAGUGAUUGGACAUGACGAGAAGGCAGACCUGAGGUUUUUAUUGUUUGAUGAACAGUUUGUGUGGUGUAGUUUUGUUAAUGCAGUUUCUUGUCUGUGUUUUGAGAACAUGAAUAUAUAUGACAAUAUACUGUAUUUGAAAUAUAUACUAGGGAUGCAGCAAUAUUAAUAUCUGACCAAUACAGAUAAGCAGAUCAUUAUUUUUAUACUAUGACUGCUGAAAAUAAAUACCUGAAUAUAUGUAUGCACUAUUUUCUUUAAACAACAACAACGUUUAAUUUAUUUAGGCAUCACAUUAUAAUGUACAGUAUGAAAAAUGCAUAUUCUACAGUACGAAAAAUGCAUAUUAUAUAAUAUAUAUAAUAGCAAAUCACUGUAGUUGUGGUAGGUGCAUUGAUUAUGUAUUCCAUAGCUGAUCACAUAAGGGCAGGCCCUAAUGAUAGUAAAUAUGUGCUUUAAAAUGUUGAAAAUGUCAUCAAAAUUAUUAUGCUAGAUUAUAUUUGCUUAAUGUUAUUUUUUCUGAUUUUUGACCAUAGCAGUGCUAUGUAUGUUAAAAACGUAUGUAUCUCCAGUGAACUACAAAGGCAGGCCUGUGUUAUCUAAAACUAUAUGCAUUCUGACCUACAUUUGUAGGUUUUUUAAAAGUUUUAUUCAUGUGUGUGAAUAAAUUCAGGUUAAUGUUUGUUUUAGAUUAGUGUAUAUUUGUAAUCCCUAUGUGAGUGCCUUGUCUUUAAAUAGCUUGAGAUUUCUUGAUAAUAUAACCAUUGAGAAAAGAGGACAAAAGAGCACACUACAUCAAUUAUUUUCCCCACUUCAGGAAGUUUUCAGAUGAUACGGAAAAUCAUCUCAGGGUUUUGUUCCCAUGGAAUGUGUUUUUGUUGAGUAGUUGCAAUGCAAGACAAUGAAAUGUGCACUCAGACAAAAAAUAAAUAAAUAAAUAAAUAAAUAAAUUGUAAUAGAUCCUCCAGAUAACCCAAUGUUUUCUUUGAUCUUAAAUCUGAUCUUUUACAUCUGGAUGAAAGAGCUCCAGUCUGCAUAUUCAUGUCUAAAAAACUACAUAUUGCACAUAUAAGCUUAUUUGCAUUUGCUAAAAUCAGCAUAUUUGUAGCUUUUCAUGUGUUGAUGCAUUGGAUAAAUAUGUAAUGCCAGGAUGCUGUCAAUUCUGCUUGUAUUUGAUGAGUAUUUUAUCAAAACUUACUGUAUAAUCUAAGGUUGUAAUUUCAGAUGAAAAGAUAAAAAGACGUGGCUGUUUCAAGCAAUAAACUGUUCUUCAGAAA